CCUCCGCUUUGGGGGGCGUGGGCGGCACCCCAGGCAUCGCGGCGGACAGCCCGAUUUCCUGCGCGCCGAGGGCCUCGGAGGACCUCAGCGACGGAGGUAGUUCAGGCCCCAGCGGACGAAGCGUCAGUGGUGGCGGCCGUUUAGACCCGCUACAAACUGGUUGCCUGUGGAACACAUUUAGCCGGCUGCUCUUGCCACGCUGUCUGAAAGUUGUGCAGCCGGCGCCAUGUCUGUGAGCGAGAUCUUCGUGGAGCUACAGGGUUUUCUGGCUGCCGAGCAGGACAUCCGGGAGGAAAUCCGAAAAGUAGUACAGAGUUUAGAACAAACAGCUCGGGAGAUUUUAACUCUACUGCAAGGGGUCCAUCAGGGUGCUGGGUUUCAGGACAUUCCAAAGAGGUGUUUGAAAGCUCGAGAACAUUUUGGUACUGUAAAAACACAUCUGAUGUCUUUGAAGACCAAGUUCCCUGCUGAACAGUAUUACAGAUUUCAUGAGCACUGGAGGUUUGUGUUGCAGCGCUUGGUCUUCUUGGCAGCAUUUGUUGUAUACUUGGAAUCAGAAACACUAGUGACUCGAGAAGCGGUUACAGAAAUUCUUGGCAUUGAGCCAGAUCGGGAGAAAGGAUUUCAUCUGGAUGUGGAAGAUUAUCUCUCAGGAAUUUUAAUUCUUGCUAGUGAACUGUCAAGGCUGUCUGUCAACAGUGUGACUGCUGGAGACUACUCCCGGCCCCUUCACAUCUCCACCUUCAUCAAUGAGCUGGAUUCCGGUUUCCGCCUUCUCAACCUGAAAAACGACUCCCUGAGGAAGCGCUAUGAUGGCUUGAAGUACGAUGUGAAGAAAGUAGAGGAGGUGGUCUAUGAUCUCUCCAUCCGAGGCUUCAAUAAGGAGACAGCAGCAGCUUGUGUAGAGAAGUAGGAGACUCUACCCAUGCCUGGCCCUGCUGAUCUCAGUGGUUGCCAGUGAGGGUGAGCACAGGAGCACAGUACUGCUCACCGUAGUUAUGAUGCCCCAUUGCUAAGCACCGCGCUUUAUUUUCGUAGCCAGUUGUGUGGUGUGUAUCAGAAUUGAAACAGUUCUUUGGGGAUAAAAGAAUAGCCUUUACAAGGACAGGUUUUUCUUUGUUGUUUCAGUAAAUAUGCUCUGUAAUUCAGUUCUGUCAAAAAGUGCAAAUGUCAGUCUCUUGGUAAAGUUUGUUUCUUGUUUACCCUGCUACCGAUUGAGAAGUUUAUUGACUUGUGAUUCUUCAGAAGUGGUCCUUUGAUAUUUUCUAUAUCCAAAUUAACCAUCCAUAUCCAGGUAUAGCCUGGAUAUGGUAUGAAAACGGAUAAUUAAAAAGGAUGGUUGCCAAGCAAAGGAAACUUAUUUUAUAUUUUCCUUCCUUAUUUUAAGCCUGGUGAGUAAAUCAGAUGUUCAGAUUUUUUUGCAAGGGAGUUAUGGCUCCAGGGUUCUCUCUCACUGCCCUUAAGAUACAGAAUUAAACUGCAAAGUCAAAUGCAACAUAGUAUUUCGUGAAGUUUUUGUACCAAAGGAUUGAGUAACAUCAUAUCACUUGUCUCUACUUACUGGGAGGGAAGGAUAGGGCUUAAAGUUUUAAACACCUCGGUGUCCUGAUGUUGCCUUAACAGUUUGCUAUUGCAAACAGUUAAACAUCAUUUUCACACACAUCUUUAGCACUUCACAUGAUAUGUUUCUAAGAUAGGAAACCUUUUUCCUUAGCAGCCAGCUGGACUGUUUGGUGUGGGAGUAUAAAGCCACCUAGUCAAGUUAAUUAGCCUGACUGGCAUGUUCUGAGAGAAAAGUGCUGUGCUUUGUCUGGAAGAAAGAGAAAACCUUGGAUAAAAGGAAAAAACAACAACAAAGAAAACAGCUGAUUGGUACUGUCUUUUAGAGUAAGCAAUUUCGGGUUGUUGAAGUCUCUCCAACAGUCAGGUUUAGAUUCACAGUUUUGGGCAAGUCACAUAAAUCCUGUUGGCACACUCCUUCCCCUCCCCAUUUUUAGGUAGUACUAAGAAAAUUUGCCAUGUUAUUCUUACUAUUGGAUUAAAGUUCUUAAAAUGGUGACAUCCAGUUUUUUUGGAGCUCACUGAAAGGAAGGUGCUAGUGUUUGCAGAAUAAUCUAAAGAUUUUAGAUGUAUCACCCUUUCAUGCCUGAUUCCAGUUUGAGUUUCCUGUUUGUACAGUGGGAUAUUUGGCAUGGAAAUCAAAGUUUUUAUCAGGUUGAAUUAAGUACUGACCAAAUUUUCGAUUAUAAGGAAAGAAGUAGAAAUAAGGCAUAUAUUGCUUUGCAUUGUUGGAUUUUAGAAAACUUCCUGACAGCUCUUUCUGCAGAAGAGUUUGUAGAAAGAGAAAAGGUGUUAGGAUCUAUGAAGUACUUACGAUGGUCAUCUACGUUGUGCAAUAAUAGCACUGUCUGUAUUGAGUAUAGUAGACUUAAUUACAUGAUCAGACAUAGGCAGUAAAUUUGAUAAUAGUUUUCUUUGCUGCUAAGUAAAUUGUUUCUCCUUGAGAAUAUUAAAAUUUUUGGUAGAAAUUGUGGAUUUUAGUUUUAACAAAAGCAUUUUAAAUGUAGGAGCAUAUUCUGGUCCUAUAACUCCCUUUGAGAAUUUAGAAGUGUCAUGUUUAUAAUUAUUCAUUUGUGUUUGUUGCUGGCUUAUUGUAAAGCAAUAAAAACUUUUGGAGGGGGGGUCUUUCGUAAUUUAGUGUGCUGCUGUGAGAACUCAUCUAUAUGGAAAAUAAAUUCUUUUUUAAAAUUAAAAAA